AUGGAAAUACCGUUGCCAGAAAAUGGCACCAAAACAAUGAUUCACAUGGGACCUGAUAAGACCAAUACUGUCGUUUCUUCGGGUACUGAAGAUUUUGAUGUCACUCUGACUCAAACCACUCCUGAAGAUCUUAAAGAGGUACAGUCAAAUAAUAAUCAAGUUGUUCAAACUUUAUCCUCAAAUCCUCACACAGGUUCUGAAAAUUUAGAAUCCAAUUCCCAACCACAAGUAAAGAGACAACGUUUAGAGUCAUUACACAGUAAGUCUUCCAAUCAGCAACCUUGGAGUUGUGGAAUAAUUAAUGGAUUUUCUGCAAGCAACACACCCGAGCCACAGAAAAGAGAGGUGAUUUCAUUAUCAUCAUCUGAAGACGAGGCUGAAGAUGAAAACGAUAAUAAGAACCUAAGUUCUAGUGAUGAUGAGAUAGAAGUCUUAGAUGAAAAUGAAGCAGCAAGAGUUUCAUGGAAGAAUACAUCAUUUGAAAUGCCAUCCCUGUUACAACCCCAGGAUAAUGUUCAAAUUGGAAGUUCAACCUCACAUCAAAGAAAAUUACCUUCAUCAAUACCCGUGUCACAAGUAUUACCAGUAAAGAAUAUCCAACCCAAACCUGCAAAUAUUCAAAAGAUGGAACCCCAAUUUAACUUUAAUCAGUUAAACAUGUCUAAUGUCAACAACUCAAAUUUCAACCAAAAUAGACCAUACACCAUACCUGGAACAUUUCCGUCUGAGUCUACUCAACAGAACACUAAGAUAGAACCAACAAAUAAUAAUGAUAUUGAGGUGUUGAACUCGAGGAUUGUUCCAACAAACCAGGGAAAUACGCCCUUUGCUUUUAAUACCCCGGCACCAGUGCCACAUGCUGGAGAUAUGGAUGUCAACAGGGAAAAGAAAAGGGAACUCACACAAAGAGAAGGUAUGAAAAGAUUAGAGAUUGUGCAAUGGGAAAAUCAAAAACAAAAAGUGAUUAAGGAAAUUUCCGUGGCUAAGUCAGUUUAUGAUAAGUACAGUCAAAUGGCGAGACAAUUAGAGCAAGGUAUUAGACAAGCUGUUAGUCUUGGAAACCACAAUGAUGCGGCUAAGUUUAGAGCAGCCAUUCAAAAGAACUCAGAGAGAAUUAAAUCACUGAAACAUAAGAUCAAUAAAGGAACACAAUUAGUGAUGAAACUUGAACAAGCAAUUAGAUUGAUUCUGAAUGAGUUGGCAAUGAUUUCUAGUAAUUUACGUCAAUUGGAACAUGCGUCAACUGCUGUUUUCAAUCCCUAUGCUGCACAAAUUAUGAACGAGACAAUACAACGUUUUGUGCCCAUGGGACCAAAAGUAGAAGAUGUCGAAUUGAAAAAUUUACUUGACAAUAUUAGACCCGAUGAAGAAUCCGAGGAAGGGUUAGAUCCAACUCCUGUCGAGUUGGGUGUUUCUUUAUUAAAACAUCAAAGAAUGGGUCUCACCUGGAUGAAGCGUAUGGAAGCGUCCAAAUCUAAAGGAGGGAUACUCGCUGAUGAUAUGGGUUUAGGGAAAACCAUUCAAACAUUGUCAUUGAUUUUGGCCAAUAGUUCCAAAGAUGAGGAAUGCAAAACUAAUCUUAUUAUUGCACCUGUGUCACUUUUACGUCAAUGGGCCGCAGAAAUUGAAUCUAAAACAAGACCCCAAGUAUACAAACAUGUGGGUAUUUUCCACAGUGACGAGAAGAAAAAGAUGCCUCAAUUCGAAUUGAUGAAGAAAUAUGACAUUGUUUUGGUAUCUUAUACGACAUUGGCGCUGGAAUGGAAGAGGCAUUUUAAAGAAGAACUAGAUAAUAAUAAGAAAGAGAACAGAUCUUUUAUGCCUAAUUCUAGAAGUGGUGGUAAAUCGUAUUGUUCUCCUUUUUUCGCUAAUGAUGCCAAUUUCUACCGUAUCAUUUUGGAUGAAGCUCAGGCUAUUAAGAAUAAACUUGGUCUUGCCUCUAGAGCAGUGACAUAUUUGAAGGCAACCUAUAGAUUUUGUUUGACUGGUACGCCUAUGCAAAACAACAUUGAAGAGUUGUAUCCAAUUAUUAGAUUUUUAAAGAUUCAACCAUAUUGUGUUGAAGAAAAAUUCAAGGCAGAUAUUUCGGUGCCACUCAAGAACAAAACCAACAAUUAUGAUGAAUAUGAUAUGAGAAAGAGUAUGAAAAAAUUGAGAGCACUUUUAAAAGCAAUUCUUCUUCGUAGAACGAAGGACUCAUUGAUUGAUGGGAAACCUAUUUUGAACUUGCCAGAAAAACAUAUCGCGUCUGAUUAUGUCACACUUGAAAAUGAAGAAUUGGAUUAUUACCAAAGUAUUGAAGAAGGUAUCCAGAAAGUGGCAAGAAAAAUGUUGGCUUCUAAUAUUAGAAAUGGUGGUGUUUUGACAAUGUUGUUGAGAUUAAGACAAGCUUGUUGUCAUUCCUACCUAGUUGAAAUUGGUCAAUAUAAGGCAAAGAUGAAAAAAGAUGAUGAGGCUAGUGGAAACUUGAAUGUACACUGGCAUCAAAUGUUGAACAAUGUACAUAAUAUCAAGCCAGAUAUAAAAGCUAAAGUUCUUGAAUUGAGUGAGGCAUCAACAGCAACAUCGUUAAUCCAAAGCGAAGAUGAUACCAUUUCAUGUCCAGUUUGUUUUGAUGCACUUGAUUUUGAGUCUUCAAUUUUGAUUUUUGGCGAAUGUGGUCAUAUGAUUUGUAAAACUUGUGGACCUAGUUUUUUCGAAGAACAAGAUGAUGACGAAAAUCUGAAAAAUAGAAGUGGUGAAUGUAAAGAUUGUAAGAAGACAGUAAAGGAACAAAACUUGAUGGAAUACAUUUUAUUCAAGAAAAUUUAUAUUGAUAACUUGUCAAGUACAGGAUUACGUGAAUUUUGUCUUGAGCAUUAUGAGCGUAAGACCAAAAGCAACCAAACAUUGAUAUCAGAAUUUGUGAAACGAGAUAAUGGGUUUGAACCUUCUGCAAAGAUUCAAAAAUGUAUUGAAAUAAUCCAGGAAAUUACUCAAGCCAAUUCAAAUGAAAAAAUCAUUGUCUUUUCCCAAUUCACAACAUUGUUUGAUCUUCUUAAAUUGGUUUUACAUUAUCAGAAGAUUCCAUUUUUACGAUAUGAUGGGACGAUGAAUAUGGAAUCAAAGAAUACUGUUAUUAAGGAGUUUUAUAAAUCCGAUACAAGAGUACUACUUCUUUCCUUGCGUUCAGGUAAUGCAGGUUUAACAUUGACUUGUGCCAAUCAUAUAAUCAUCAUGGAUCCAUUUUGGAAUCCUUAUGUUGAGGAUCAAGCUAUGGGUAGAGCUCAUCGUAUUGGUCAAGAACGUGAAGUUCAUGUACAUAGAGUAUUAAUUGAAGGUACUGUGGAAAGUCGUAUCAUGGAAUUGCAAGAACAUAAGAAGGAAUUAAUUGGUGAAGCUCUUGAUGAAAGUAAGAUGAAAUCAAUUUCUCAAUUAGAUAGAAGAGAACUUGGUUUCUUGUUUGGUUUGAAUGGUUUAACUGAAGAUAGACCACAACAAGCAGGUUAG